AUGCAAAUGAGGCCAGCCCACCCGGGGACCACACCCAGAUGUAGGCUGACCCAGGAGCAGUACAUCCUGGCGGCGCAGCCCAACACGCUGCAGCAGAGGGGGUCAUCGAUGUGUGGCGCGCCGGUCUACCCAAACGUGGGCAUCUACGGCUGGAGGAAGCGCUGCCUCUACUUUUUCAUCCUGCUGCUCCUGGUCACUAUGAUCGUCAACCUGGCCCUCACCAUCUGGAUCCUCAAGGUUAUGAACUUCACCCCGGACGGCAUGGGGAAGCUCCGCGUCACUAAGGAGGGCGUGCGUCUGGAGGGCGAGUCGGAGUUCCUUCAUCCGCUCUACGUCAAAGAGAUCAGGUCACGCAGGGACAGCCCGUUGAUCCUGCAGUCAGACAGGAACGUGACAGUGAACGCCAGAAACAACCUGGGACAAGUAACUGGUCAGCUCACCGUUGGUAAGAGGCACACUCACACACACACACACACACACACACACAGUCCUGUAAACACUGCUGGGGAGCAGCGGAGCAGCCGUCAGCCUGGUGGACUGUGA